UGCUCUCGCCCCAUUGGCGCAGGUGAUCCGUGUCAGGAUGCGAGAGGAGCGCGGAGGAGAGGGACGAGAGAGGGGAACGCACCGAUGGGAAAGUGUCCAGGUCUCGGUUAAAAAGAACACCGGAUACCGGCCCGCUUCCAACCGCCCUGGGGCCACGCGGCGAUGAGACAUUCACCGAAAGGGGCACUUUGAGAUAUGAUGAGCUCUAUUUCUGGUCGGCAAUAGUACUAUGAUUUGGUAUGUGGCCACUUUGAUAGCAAGUGUAUUCAGCACCCGAGGAACGGCCGCUCAAGGUGCCCGCGGAGUGCGAGAGGAGCCCCAGUUUGUGACGGCACGCGCAGGAGAGAACGUCAUCCUGGGAUGCGACGUGUCCCGCCCCCUGAACGGCCAGCCAUACGUGGUGGAGUGGUUCAAGUAUGGAAUGCCCAUCCCCUUCUUCAUCAACUUUCGCUUCUACCCUCCUCACGUGGACCCAGAAUAUGCUGGCCGGGCCUUUCUGCACGGCAAGUCGUCCCUGCGGAUCGAGAGUGUGCGUUCAGACGACCAGGGCUGGUAUGAGUGUAAGGUGCUGAUGCUGGAACAGCAGUAUGACACCUUUCACAAUGGCAGCUGGGUCCAUCUAACGGUCAAUGCCCCUCCCACUUUCACAGAUACACCCCCCCAAUACGUCGAGGCCAAGGAUGGAGGGAGCAUCACUCUGACCUGCACGGCAUUUGGCAACCCCAAACCCUCAGUCAGCUGGCUGCGGGAAGGCAACCUCAUAGUUAGCAGUGCCAAGUAUAAGGUGUCCAAUGGGAGUUUGACAGUGCUAUCCAUCACCCGGGAGGAUCGUGGGGCCUACACAUGUAGAGCCUUCAGUCCACAGGGCGAGGCGAUCCACACUACACGGCUGCUAGUACAAGGCCCUCCGUUCAUCGUAUCUCCACCAGAGAACAUUACUGUAAACAUCUCACAGGACGCCUUCUUCACCUGCCAGGCAGAGGCCUACCCUCGCAACCUCACCUACACCUGGUUCUGGGAGGAGGACAAUGUCUUCUUCAAGAAUGACCUGAAACGCAGAGUCAGUAUUCUCAUCGAUGGUUCCCUCAUCAUCGCCCAAGUCAAGCCCGAGGAUGCUGGGAAAUACACCUGUGCACCCAGCAACAGCCUGGGCCGACCACCAACUGCCUCUGCCCAGCUCACAGUGCAAUAUCCUGCCCGUGUGGUAAACAUGCCGUCUGUCAUCUACGUGGCCAUCGGUCUGCCCGGCUUCAUUCGCUGCCCCGUCGAUGCCAACCCCCCUGUAACGCUGGUGAAGUGGAAGAAGGAUGGCCUUCCUCUCCGGAUAGAUAAGUACCCUGGUUGGAGCCAAGUGGAGGAUGGGAGCAUCCGUGUUGCAGAGGUGACAGAGGACUCUCUUGGCACCUACACCUGCAUGCCUUACAAUGCCCUGGGCUCCAUGGGAUGGUCCCCUCCCGCUCCCCUGGUGCUAAAGGAGCCUCCCAAAUUCUCAGUGGUUCCUGGUGGGGAGUACAGGCAGGAGGCUGGGCGAGAACUGGUCAUCCCCUGUGAGGCAGAGGGAGACCCCUUCCCCAACAUCACCUGGAGAAAGGUAGGAAAACCCAGUAAAAGCAAGCACAACGUCCUGCCCCGAGGCAGCUUACAGUUCAAGUCCCUCACCAAGGAGGACCAUGGGGAGUGGGAGUGUGUUGCCACCAACGUUGCCACGAGCAUCACUGCCAGCACGCACGUCCAAGUCAUAGGCACAAGCCCCCACGCCCCCACUAGUGUCCAUGUGGUGGGAUCCGCAACCUGGGCAAAUGUGUCCUGGGACGUGGGCUACGACGGAGGCUUCCCACAAACAUUCUCAGUCUGGUACGGCCAUGUGCUGAAGAGGGAGCGUUUAGGUCCACAUGACUGGCUUUCAACACCUGUGCCUGGAGGCCACGAUUGGAUGGUGGUGUCAGGCUUAGAGCCGGAGACGACGUACCAGUUUAGUGUCCUGGCCCAAAACAAGCUGGGCACGGGCCCCUUCAGCGAGGUUGUCACUGUGAAAACACUAGUAUUUCCUAUAAGUACUCCUGAACCAUUGGUGCUGCUUACCCCACCACGGUGCCUCACAGCCAAUCGCACGCAGCAGGGAGUCCUUCUCACCUGGAUGCCACCUGCCAAUCACACAGCACCUAUCCAGCAUUACGUUAUGGAGUUUCGCCUAGGGGAACGAUGGGAAGUGUUGGACGCCGACGUCCCGGCCGGGGACUUGGAGCUACUCGCCCGAGACCUUAUCCAGGAGGCUUGGUAUGAGUUCCGCAUUAUGGCUGUCAUGGACGACAUGAUCAGUGAGCCCAGUAAUGUAGUAGGAGUGUCCAGCACAGACGUGUUUCCACCUCCAGAGCUAGUGGAGGAGCGUGGACUGGCGCGGCCUGUGGUGGCUGGCAUUGUGGCCACCAUCUGUUUCCUAGCAGCAGCUGUCCUCUUCAGUACGAUGGCCGCCUGCUUUGUCAACAAGCAACGUCGAAGGAAGCUCAAGAGGAAAAGAGACCCCCCUCUUUCUGUAACCCACUGCAGAAAAAGUAUGGAAACUCCGUCAUCUUCAGGAAAGGUGAGUCCAGAGAGUGUUCGUUCUAAGGCGUCUCCUUCCGAAUCAUCUGAAGAUAGUCAUGACCAGCGUGGGAAGAAACCACCCCCCAGCCCAGGGAAGAAGGAGGAAUUAUCUUUGUACAAGAAAACCAAACGAGCAAUAACGAGCAAGAAGUACAGCAUCUCCAGACACGAAGCUGAAGCAACGACACCCAUUGAACUCAUCAGCCGGGGCCCAGAUGGACGCUUUGUCAUCGAUCCCACUGAAGCAGAAAUGUCCGUUAAGCCCAGGCGAAUUGAGGGCUUUCCUUUUGUGGAAGAAUCGGAUCUCUAUCCAGAAUUUCGUCAGUCAGAUGAAGAAAAUGAAGACCCCCGGCCUCUGCCGCCAGUUAUGGCUCCUCUUGGGCCGCACCAGAUUUCUCCUAUCUCAAGUCAAGAAUCCUACCUGCAGCCUCCAGCCUACAGCCCUCGUUUUCACAGGCCCUUCGAAGGUAUGACCAUCAUGGAAAGCAGUCGGCUCCAGGCCUCAGGGCAAAUUCGAGGCUCUCUCCACCACAGGGCUUUCUAUGGCUAUCUAGCCCCCCCUGGGGAUCAUGAUCCCCCACCUCCUUUUUACAUGCCUGACACUAGCCCUCUCAGCUCUGUUAUGUCCUCCCCUCCAUACCUUGCUGAGGGUCCUUUUGGUCACCCCAUGAUUCCUGAAGAAAUGGGGGAGGGUGAUUUUCCACAGUAUGGUUUUCCACUUCCUCUGACAUUUACCCCCUCUUCUCGGUCACCAGAUAUUUGGCAGGGACUGGAUUUCACUUUUACAAGUCUUGAGGGGCCCCAUUUCAUUUUUCCACCACCUCAACCUUUGCAUCUCCGCCACGAACCACCUUAUGCCCCACCACCUCAUGUUCUUCCCCUUGGUGCUUUCCAGCCGUCAUCCCUUCCAAUGCCCACCUACCCAGCUGUCCUGCCACUGGAGGCCCCAAAGAGUCGCUCAAGCAAGUCUCCCAGCAAGGCCAAGCCUCGUGGUUCCCCAGCCAAGCAUUUAGCUAUGCAAGAGGCACAUUUAGGGCAGCUAAGACACACAAGCCACGGUAUGGGUGUGCCGGUUUUGCCUUACACCGAUACAAUGGCCCACAUUGUCCCUAGCACAUUCAGUAGCCUGGACACCCGAUGGUUUGAAACCCCUCCUCGUUUCAGUCCCAGACAGGCUCGUAGGAUGGAUUCCAGCCUGCAUCAGGUGGUUCUCCAGCCCUCUCGACUUUCACCUCUCACUCAAAGUCCCCUGACCUCUCAUGAGGGCUCCCCAGAGAUUGUAGUACGCCCUAGGCCACGUCCCAGCAUUGUCCAGCCUCUCAUCCCUCCAGAGAUGUCUGAAAUUACCCUCCUCCCACCUUCCACAGUCAGCUUUUCAAGGAGAUCCUCCCCCUCAUCCUCACCUGCACAAGGCCAGGGUAGCAGGAGAGCAAGCCCCAGCUACCGUUCCCACAUGGCCUUUGCCACCUCUGCAACCAGCUACCCAGCUUCCCAGUCCCCGUCACCCCCUAUGGAAAGCAGCAACAUAUUUGGUCAGAUGCCAUCUCAGAGGAGGACUGAGGAGGGGAUACUUCCAUCUGAGCCCUCUACGACCCAGUUGUCAGCUUCAGGAAAACGUCGAGGUGCGCCUAGUGCCCUUUCAGGGUCUGAGAGGAUUGAUGCACUGAAAUACCAGCGAGUUAAAAAGUCCAAGAAGAUGACGACGAACAACAAUAACUCCAAGCUGAGAAAAAAAGCAGGUGUCUCCACCUCUCAGACCCAGCAGGCCUCCACCUCUCAGGUAAUCCAGCCCGAAGAAGCUCUCUACCUCCGCAAGAAGAAGAAACGACCCAUCCUCCAUGACCCAUACACUCGCUUCUCUGCUCUGUUGUACCGUCGCCCACCUCAGGAGGACCAGAAGGCUAUUUUGGCUAGCAUGGACAACAUUGACCUGGACCAUGCCACCCUCCUCUGAAGGUCCUUUAGAACUGGGUUGCAACCAAGCAAUAUAGCCCUGUUCCACAAUAUCAAGCUGAACAUAGCAGCACCCCUCUUCUAAAUAAUGUUGAGAUAGUACAUCAAUGGGAAUAUGGUCAAAUUUUAGCAAACGUGCCACAUGUAGGAAUUGUGUAUGUGUAUUCAUUCAAAUAUUCUUCGGUGAAUAACAUUUUUCAAAACUCAGCUAUUACCUACCUUUUCUAAAAAGAGGUUAAAUUACUGAGAGACUAAGGAACAUAAAUGGAAAAGAUGUCUCAACCAACACUGAGAAAUUAGAAGACAGAUUGGAGUCCUAAGUCUAACAUUCAAAACUCGUGUUUGUUAUUAGCACAUAAUUAAUCAGUACUUUAAAGAUGCGUACGGAUUGAUGCCCAAAGACACAAUGAUGUUUGUACAAAAAUGGUGACUGCCGCAGUUUUCAAAGUUUUACUCCAGUGCAAAAGAUUUAUUCAAAUCAAUUACUAUCUCCAGUUCCACUGAUGUUUGCAUUGCAAAGAUCUUUUUUUUUAAUAUAUUUCCCCCUAAUCCCAAACCAAGUCUCAGUUUACAGCAUUUCCCACUGGACCCUCUCCACCAGCAGCGUCUCUUACUGUAUGUGCCGAGAACCUUGAACAUGGGUGUUCCUUCCUACCACGUAUACCUCAGAGCACAGGACACAAGACCACGCCCACCAGGAUCAGCCAGCAGAGCUAACUAGCCUUUUAUAUCCCUUUAUUCAUUAUUGAUUCUCAUUUGUUUAGGACAUGUUGUACAUUUUCCUAUUCAUCUUUGUGCUUUUUCUACUGUUAGAUUGAAUAUUUUAUCCUUCUCGGGGUUCACAACCCUCAUAAGUCUUUAAAGUAAUGCCUCACAAACAAAAAACAUCACUGUAAGUAAUUAACUAAGUAAGUAAGUAACUACCUACUGUAACAAAGUCACUUUAUAUUGAGUAGUUAGGGAUACAUUUACAUUCCAAACAUUACUGUACCACCCAAUAAUUCAGUAGGCACAAGAAAAUGUCAUUCAAAUAGUCAAACUAAAAACGUAAUGGUACUAAAACUCUUCAAAGAGCUCUCUGACUCAUCAUGGUGUCAUAAACCGCCAAAGCUCCAUUUACAGUAACUGCACUCAAACUUCGCCUGUCUCAGAACGGUUUGCACUGGAGCAAAAACUUGUCCAUUUCACAAAUACGUCUCAACACCUGUAUCUCCAGUUUAUCUACUGUACUUUAGGUCAUUUAGAGGGCUCCAAAUCCAUUUCAGAAACAGGUCAAAUCAUGUCAAAAGCUACCAAGUAACUCAAAAACAUAAUGGAUCAUGUGAUUUUUGUUCUUCUGUGCCAUAGUAUAUGAUUCUUCAAAUUAGCAUAUAAGAGGAUAUAAAACAAUGGCUUUGUUUGGCCUUAAUGAUCCUCCUUUGGAUUACUGUAGAUUUUUUUUGUUUUAUUAUUGUUAUUUAAAUGUAUUACUUUUUUGCGUUAGGGAAGAUAUAUGUCUCUUAUUGGCUAUUUUCUAUCCUGCCAUUUAAUUUGCAUAGUAUUCAUUUAAAAGUGAAAGAUUAGGAAUUAGCUGUUUUUUCAUUUCAGGUUUCAUGCUCAGUAAUUCAAUUUGCAAUUUGUCUUACACUGAAAUGUUGAUGCCGAGGGGCUAAAUCCAACACAUCUCUAUUGGACAAGUGACUGAAGUGCCAUAACAUACUGUAAAUGCUGUAGCCAGAAUCAGCAGGAAUGUUUUGCUCAAAAGGUGCUCAACUUCUUCAGAGGGUGUAUUCAUUAGUAGAGGCUAUGGUGCUGGCAGAGGUUGGAGUGUCCAUGUUCUGCUGUAAUUGUGAUUAUGUGCAGAUUCCAACACAGUUGCAACUCCAACACAGUCUUCUAAUAUCACAAGUCUACAGUACUAAGUAAGUACUAUGGUGAAGCAACUAUAUCUGGUUGCUCAGUGAACACAUCUUUGCAAUAAGUGUUUGCAGAAGGAGCGGUAUCUACUGUAUUUCAUUUAUUGUUUUAAACUAAGCAUUGACAUUAUUAUGUCUCACAGGUUGGAAGAUUUCACACAUAGUACUGGGUUUAAAUUAACAUAAUGCAUUUACUGUAUUUUGUAAAUAUACAGUAAUUAUAAAAUUUUAAGCAUAAGGUUAAAUUGAAAAUGCACUCUAAUAAUUAAAAGAGAACAGGAGCUAGAAUCAUUUGAGUGUGAAUGACAUGAAUUUAGAAUUAGAAAUGCAGUGAGAACAUCUGCAAUCAACUGGCUCAUGUCUGUACAUGAUGCGGUGUGCGAGACAUAUAGAUACUAUAAAAGACAAUGGGAAUAACUAAGGGCACCAACAGUGUGUGACACUGUAAUGAAUAGGACAGUGUCACUGAAAAGCCUGUAUCAUCACAAAGGGCUUCAGUGGCAUCAGUUAGAGAAGCUUUUUUAAGAAUAAGGUGCUACACAAACUGAGUGACCUUCUGUAAAUCAAUCCAUAUUUUCACAGUGUAGCUGCUGCAUUGUUUUAAACAUACAUAACAUCAGUCUAUGCUGCUGCCUGAAUCUGUGGCCAGAAGGCACUUGUUGGAGGAGCGGUGGGAUUAUCUUCUUCCAUAAAACCUUUAUUAUGGCAUAUUAACAGUAAUCUGAUGCAUAUAUGUGCCUUUUUGCUGUUGAGUAUGUAUAUGUAUAGACAUUGACAAAGGCAUUCACAUUAUGAGUUCGAAGACGAGAGUGUUGCUGUCUCCUUUCAGGUGACUUCUCUUCUGUUGAAUGUUUCACUGCAGAUGUUCUCAUGUUUGAGUUGCUAAGAGUCCUAUUAGCGGAGCUGAGGGAACAGCCUGAGCCAAUGAUGGGACACUGAACUUCCAUUAACCAACUGUAUGUUAGGGAACCUGACAGUAGUAGUAGGAGAAUUUCUAACUAAAAAUCACUACCUGUAUUUUCAAAUAGUUCUACAACCUCCAAUAUGCAUAGAUUUUAAAACCAAGAGGUUCAAACAGAUGAUAACCCCUUUGUGUACAUAUUGUCCCAUCAUACAGACUACAGCUUUGUUGAGAAAAUAGUUCAACAAUUGAACACAUACAGUAUAUUAAUCAGGGGUGAGCCCUGGGGUGAGAUGGGAACUGCCUCAACACAUACUGUACACCUGCUAACGUGCCACAAAGAAACAGGAUAAGAUUUACAUGGUGUCGGCAUUUAAACAGAUAAGGGGAACCCACCACCACCAGAGCAAACAUGUACCUGUAGCAACCUGUAGCUUGAAAAUAGUGAUACAGAUUUUGUGCAAUUACUUUGAUGCAUACUGUAUGCUAAAUUCAAAUUUCUGUCAAGCAUUGGGCAUUGAUUUCUAUUAAUUGCCAGAUCAACACGUGAAGUUCACUAUUUUGAGAUUGUCCAUUACUUGAUAGUUUAAUAUUGAAUGAAACGUGACCCACAGUAAUAAACACUUUAGAUUGGGCGACGUUUUUUCUCGUUUUCCCCAGGGGGGUGGUGGCUGAACCUCAUCCCAACCCCACAAGCAUAUUGUUCAUGUCUGAAGCCUUACAUGGAUUCAUGUGGUCCAUAUCCCCUUUCUGGCCCUUUGGCUCAAAGUUCAGUUAGGCCAGUUUAGCUCAAAGUUUGACUUACUGAACUGUACUGUAUGUGACUGAAACCCACUCAGAAGUGGUUUUUAAAUUUCUCUCAAUGGGUCAUUUUUUCUCUAAUCUGGAAUCUCUGAAACUCUGUUUGUCAGAUUACAUGUCAUUUUAACCGUCAUGAAAUAUUGUGUAUCCCACGGCUCUGCAAAUCAAAUGCAAUGCAAAUAUACAUAUACAAAUUGUAGUGUAACAUUUUACAUGCUAACCACUGUGCCGUGGUUAGCGCGCCGCACUCCUGUCUACUGAUUCGUGGGUUCAAUACCCUCAGAGAGGGGUUGCGUCAGGAAGGGCAUCCAGCGUAAAAACUUGCCAAAUCUACCAUGUGGUUCAUUCGCUGUGGCCAAAAGCGGUUACCUUUUUUUAGUAUAACAAUUUAAGAUACCAGUUAUGAUCUUUAGUUGAGAAAACUGAAUCUCGUAAAACUCGUAAACGAGUUAUGUCUGUGAUGUGUGUAAUCACGAAAACAAAUCACACGUGUUAUGAUUCAAGAAAAAUCUCAGUACUGUAUCACUACUACUGUAUCACUGCUGACUCUGAGUUGUGGCGAACUAGAGUGUGGCUUUGGUGUCAUUCCACUCUGGCUUUACAUAUUUUUAAGAUGCAUUAAAAGAAGCUGCUCUUUAUAUUUUUAGAUAAAUUGUGACAUUUUUCAACAUGUUGGACAUAUAAAAUAGAGAAGAAUGGAAGACAAAGAAAAUGAUUUUACAUAUUUAGCUGCUGAACUUCCUGUUUCUUGAGCUUAUUGUACUCAACAUCCAAAACUGCCAUAUUGAUUUUUUGUUGUUUGUUUCUGCGAAAGUAAAAAAAUGUACCUAAGUUUGCAGCAGACAAAAUUGUUGUAGUCCAAGCACAAAGUGCUUAGUGAACAGACUGCAAACUACUCGAAAGUGGAGUUACAGUGAGAUACAUCAAAAUACUCACAUUAUAUUGUUCCUGUAUAUCAAGAAUACAUCAACCUGCUUCAUCGCCAAUAACAUCCUCUUGGCAAUAGGAGAGGUUAUAAUAGACACAGCUAAUACAAGAGCAGUUACAAACAUGCUACUGUAUAGUUUGGUGAACGAGACAACAGCAAAAGAAUGAAGUUAAACCCAGGAGAAAUGACCAGGCUCAAACACGCCACUCAUGUAGAAACAUGGAGGAAAGUAUUGAGAUAUUACAAUGUCAACUAUUUUUGUCCAAACAUGACCGUAUGAGAUUUGAGAUUAAAAAAAAUGUUUCCAUGUAAAUAUCUGAAAUAAGAAUACCAUGUCAUACAUGAAUACUCUAUUCUAUUUUUUGUAGGAGAAAAAUAAGAUGCGCAUCGUCUGUACUGAAGAUAAAGUGAGACACUGAGUAGAGUAGGGUCCGCUUCAGACAUGAUGUAACAGACCAAUGUGUAUAUUGUAUGUGUCUAUGGAAAUCUUCUCAACGCUCAAAAUUAGUAAAAGAGAAUAUUAUUGUAGAGCCAGGUAACAUACAGAGUAAUAUAGAAAACAAAAUGCAUUGGGUACCUAAAACUAAACCUACAGUCUGCUAUUAAACAUUAUCACCUUCUUAAAGGUGGACUCAAUGCAAGACUGACUUACUUUUAGCUUGAUGUACCCAAUACUGUAUACAUCUAUAUAUGAUCUAUAAAUAUAUCUAUAUUUGGGGACAGUACUUGUUUGCAAGAAUGUAUAAGUCUAUAUUCUAUUAUUUUUAUAUCCAUUGUUGCUUUAUAAGGCGUAAUCUUACACAAAGUAGAGAAUUAUGACAUCUGACAUUUCAGUUGAGUAAAUUCAAGAAAAUGGCUGUCGCUGUACUGUAUUAUUCACUGUCUAUUACACAGAGACUCUCAGAAAAGGAUACAGCAACCUAGUUUUAUAGCAUUUGGUGUGAAUAGUACUGUAUGUGAUCAUUUGUCAUUUAGGGAACUUUGGUUUAGCUCCUGGCAGGUUUAUUUGUUUUGUCGGUCUGGGGUCGCCCAUGAGGCACAUUUUGCCCUUAAAUGAGUAGUGAGAAUCUAUUUUGUUUAUUUUACUAUGGUGCUCCCUCACAAUCUGUAUCACAGCAUAGCACAGAGAUAUAAAUGUAUGUUCAUCACAUUGACACAACAGAGAUGUUUUAUAGUAUAUAUUCACAGUAUGUAUGUAACAGUGCUUCAUGAUGCUGCUUCGACCUGACGUUGGGGAUGGGGGGAUCGUUUCUAGGGGAUGAGCUGACGCAUGUUCAAGACAAUAGGCUCAAAAGUGGAGGCUGAGCAUUGCAGCAGCUGCUUAAAGUUACUCUAGACAUUCAAUUCAGUACUGUAUAUUGCCAAAAUACACAAAACAUUAUAUACAUUCUAAGAACUGGUGCUAUUAAAAAAACAUCUGUGGUGCUUUUUUUAGUUAGUUUUUUUCCUUGCUUCAAGCAAAAUGUAGCUGCACAACCCUGUACUGUACUGGAGGUUGUCGUCAGGCCAGUGAGUGUUGUGUGUAUGGACAGUUUCAUUCGACUGCUGUUCUUUCAGGGCGUCUGCAGAUCAAAUGAGACUGAGAACAUUUUGAGAAACUAAUUGUAAGCAAGGAAAAUUUAUUCCACAUACUGUACAUGUCAUGAUGAUUUUCUCGAUUUAACAGUUUUCUCCAUUGUGAUCUGGACCUCAUCGCGGUUUAGUUAAAUUGCUUUUGGUGCCGAUUGCUGGUCACAUUAGCUCACCAUGACUAUUGAUAUUGUUUUAUGAGCCCCUUCACCUGCAGGUGUCCUUGUGUUGCAGGAAGUGAUAUUUUCCAGUUCAUGGAUUGUCCUCUUGCAACCAACACUCAACAAGGAACUGCAGUGUUUCUGUGCUCAAAGACCAGAUAGAGUGUCCAGACAUGGUUUAAAACUAGGUGAAAGGUCGCAGUAAUAAACAGAGUCAGUCAUACAAAAUGUGUUUAUGUUCCAAGUGUUACUGUAAGUUACUGCACAUAAGGCAGAUUAUCUUAUGUCCAUCUGAAAAUGCAAUAGAUUUGGAAAAAAAGUGAACUCAUAGUUUCUUAAUUGUUCAGUCUUCCUGAGAUGUUCAGAAUUAGGAUUACAUACCUGCUUUUGUUUAUUUUUAAUUGGUUAUUGUUAGUAUGACAAUGUGAAAAACAACAAUGUAGACAACUUAGUACCUCAAAAUAUCUCUACAUGAAAAUGCUUAAUCCAGAGAGUUAUGUAACUGUUCAGUUGUUUUCAUGUUCCCCAUCUCUGAGAAGUCAGCACUCAUGUUGCUUUUUAUAUUUGUUGGCAGAAUCACUAACAAGAAUGUAUGGCUGUUGUAAUUCCUGCUCAAUCCCCUUCCCUCAAAUCAAAGCUUUUAGAGUAACUAAGUUGAACUUUCAUUUUUUUGUAUUUCUAAUGUCUUGGUAUGCUUGUUGUAGUUGUAUAUUCAUAAUGGUGUAUAUUACAUCAGUUUUUAUUUAUUAAAAUGUUUAAAUUUUCUAA